CUUCUCGCAAAGGUAGACAAUGAGAGCGCUGUUGUUCGGCGUAGCCACUUGAAACCUUAGCGUCUUCACCUGGAGGGACGCGCUGUCACAUGGUGUGGACGAAAAUGAACAAUGUUUAUUUUAUAAUAAGUUUGCUUUUGUUCACCUGUGGUCUAGCCGAGGAAAGUUUAAAGAAUUUAACGAUUUCUGAAGUCGAUGACCAUCCAUAUCUGCGGCUAGUCGGCGGCACCAACACCUCUGGACGCGUGGAGAUAUUUCAUUUCGGCAAAUGGGGGACGGUGUGCGACGAUCGAUGGGGAAACAGCGACGCCAAAGUCGUCUGCCGAAUGCUGGGUUUACCCUUCGAAGGCGCGGAACCAAGGAAUGGAGCACAUUUCGGACCUGGUUUCUACCCCAUUAUUCUCGAUGAGGUCAAGUGCAAUGGCGACGAAUUAAACAUCACACAGUGCAAACAUUCGGGAUGGGGUAUACACAAUUGUCGGCAUGGUGAAGAUGCUGGGGUCACGUGCAAGUCAGCGAGUGACGGCAACAUCACGAUACGUCUGGUCGGUGGGCCCGACAACACGUCAGGACGGCUGGAGGUGUUUCACAACGGCGAGUGGGGCAACGUGUGCGACGACGGCUGGGACACACGGGAGGCGCAGGUCAUCUGCAGAAUGAUGGGAUUGCCGUCAAGUGGAUCCGAGUCGAAGAAGCAGGCGUAUUUCGGGAAGGGCAACCAGACGAUCAUCCUGGACGACAUCAAGUGUAACGGCACGGAGACCAGUCUGGCGCAGUGUCGACACUCCGGCUGGGGCAGCCACGACUGCACUCAUAGUGAAGACGUCGGCGUCAUCUGUAGACCAGACGGGAUGAGCAACAUAUCGGUACGACUGGUGAAUGGCCUACUGAAUUCUGGUCGGGUGGAAGUCUUCUACAACGGCUCCUGGGGCACCGUCUGUGACGACAGCUGGGACACUGCCGCAGCAAAAGUCGUCUGCAGGAUGCUCGGUCUUCCAUAUGAAGCGGCCGAGGCCCAGUCAGAGGCUCACUUUAACGACGAAAGUCUUCCCAUCGUUCUGGACGACGUCCACUGCUAUGGGUGGGAAACAGGUUUGAGUGACUGCGGCCAUUCUGGAUGGGGAGUCCACAACUGCAAACACAAUGAGGAUGCCAGUGUUAUCUGUCAGUCAGAAAGAACCUACAACCUCACUGUUCGUCUGGUGGGUGACAGUAAAGAGUACGGGCGGGUGGAGGUCUACCACGACGGCCAGUGGGGCACGAUCUGUGACGACGAGUGGGACACACGAGAUGCACGGGUCGUCUGCAAGAUGCUGGGAUUGCCACAUGAAGGGGCCCAGCCACGCCGUAAAGCUUACUUCGGUGUAGGGAACAAGAAGAUCCUUCUUGACGACAUGGGGUGUAAUGGCACGGAGACGUCGCUGUUGUCGUGUCGCCACUCCGGCUGGGGCAUCCACGAUUGCGACAGCCACGAAGAUGCUGGGGUUAUAUGCGAAUCAGGCUUAAACGAGACGCUACAGGUGCGGUUAGUGAAUGGGACAAAAACUUCGGGCCGUGUUGAAAUAUUUCACAACGGGACGUGGGGAACUGUUUGUGACGAUGACUGGGACAACAGGGCAGCACAGGUGGUGUGCAGAAUGCUGGGCUUACCAACUACAGGCGCGCAGGCAGCCAGUGGCACUAAGUUUGGGUUUGGGGACGACAGUACGCCUAUUCUGGUGAAUUACGUCAACUGCUAUGGGGACGAGACUAACCUGGACCAGUGUGGACACGGAGGGUGGGGAACACACGACUGUCUGCACGAAGAGGACGCUGGGGUGGUCUGUCAAAAGGAGUCCACUGAGAAUUUGACUGUUCGUUUGGUGAACGGGACGACGACGUCCGGAAGAGUGGAGGUGUUGCACAACGGAGAAUGGGGGACAGUCUGCGAUGAUAAGUGGGACACACGGGAAGCACGUGUAAUCUGUAGGAUGCUGGGAUUGCCCUUCGAGGGUGCGGAACCAAAACACAAGGCUUAUUUCGGCCAGGGAAACAACUCCGUACACCUGGACGACGUCGAGUGUUACGGUGCGGAGGAGUCCCUUGUGCAGUGUAACCACGCGGGCUGGCAACACCAUGACUGUGAACACGACGAGGACGCUGGGGUGUUGUGCCUGCCAGCAGAGGUGGAUCAAGGGGCCAAAGUUCGUCUGCUGAACAAAGGCAACUACUCUGGAAGAGUGGAGAUCAAAUACAAUGGAACGUGGGGUACAGUUUGCGAUGACUCAUGGGACACUAAAGAUGCCAAAGUCAUCUGCCGAAUGCUUAACUUACCAUACGAAGGCGCAGAAGCAAGAAGCCAGGCUCAUUUUGGUGAAGGUGUUGAUCUCAUCUAUCUAGACAACGUCGACUGCUAUGGCUGGGAACCCACUAUUGCCAUGUGUGGCCAUUCUGGCUGGGGAACACACAACUGCAAACACAGAGAAGAUGCAGGCGUCAUUUGUGGUGAAAAAAGUGGUGAAAACGUGACCGUGCGUCUGGUCGGAGGGACGAACUCGUCUGGCAGGGUGGAGGUCUUCAGACACAAUGUAUGGGGCACAGUCUGUGACGACAGGUGGGACUCCAAGGAUGCACGAGUUGUCUGCAGAAUGCUUGGAUUACCUUUCGAAGGUGCCGAACCAAGACGUCGGGCGCAUUACGGGCGCGGUAAAGUUCCGAUCACGUUAGACAGCGUGGACUGUGAGGGAACCGAGACGAAUCUCGGCAUGUGUCGUCACAUGGGCUGGGGUAACCAUGACUGUCACCACGGAGAGGAUGCCGGCGUUUUCUGCAAAGGAGAAAAUGGUAACCGAACUGUUCGAGUGCGGCUGGCAAAUGGUACGUCAUCUUCCGGCCGCGUAGAAAUACAGUACCAGGGAGAGUGGGGUACUGUGUGUGACGACGAAUGGGGAAGAAAUGAUGCAAAGGUCGUUUGCAGGAUGCUGGGAUUACCCGUCGAUGGGGCGAUUGCCAAAUCACGCGCCUUCUUUGGUCGAGGAAGGGUGCCAGUUCUAAUGGACGGGGUUAACUGUGAUGGUUCCGAGGUCAACAUCGCUGACUGCAACCACGCCGGCUGGGGACUACACAAUUGCCAACACGAAGAAGACGCCAGCGUUAUUUGUGCUACGAGUACAAAUGAACGUCCAAAAAUUAGGAAAUCUUCAACAACAGUGCCUACGCCGAUCACUGCAACCACGGAAGCUACAAUUACCAUCGUUACGACGCCAAGACCAACCACCACGACGUCUACUACUACACAAUCACCUAAAAACACGUCAUCUUCGAAUGCAGCACCGUCUGCCCAUCACCGUAAUCAAUCCGCCACCUCCCCGCAUUUCCCAUACAGCAGCUCAAACACAACGCACAUGAUGCCAGUCCUACAAAAUGGCGGACCAAGUCUCGACCUAAACGACGUUAUCAUUGGCGUGUCUGUACCGAUAACAUUUUUACUGCUGAUCAUUGUGAUAAUGAGUGUGGUUAUCUGGCGACUGUGGCGCCAGCGAAAGUUUGGACUUUUCACAAAUGGAAUUAGCGAACGAGGUGACAAUAACAACACAGCGAUGACAAACCCAAUGUACGAUUUGACUGUAACGUCAGGCUGUGCAAACCCUGGCGCAGAUAUUUACAGUACUGUUGAUGAAUCAACAGAUAUAGGAUUCUGCAACCCAGUGUAUACCAACGAGAACGAGAGUUCCACGGACCCCGUUUAGGAUUUAAUAUUCUAUUCAGCUUGUUUAACCUUUUUAAUGUCCAAACGUUACUUUUUUUAAUGGUAAAAGUUAAAUAUGAGAAUGUAAAAUAUAUUCAAAUUCUGUGCAUUUUUUAAAUGCAAAAUUAUUUGAAUUUAGAAUUAUGAUGAAAAACUGCUUUUAUAGGGUUAUCAGUGAAAACCCUUUAAGACUCAAAUUAAAACAAAUAUAAUAAUGCUAAAUUUAUAGAAUACGUUCUAAUUUAAACUAAUUGCACUGGUGUUAUGUUUUUGAAAGUGGAGUUUGGUGAUAAUGUAAAUUUAUAUAUAAUACCAAAGAUACAUGUUUUAAAAAGUUGUUUCCUGUCAACGACCUGUUAAAAAUUAGCGGUAAUGGUAAUAAACCUUUUUUUCUU